AUUAUUAGAUUCGAAUCUAUAAACACCGCAUUUGCUUUUCCGAAAGAAAAAUCAUUGUUUUAUUUUCUAUUUAGAUGUAUAAAACUUUUCUCUUGCUACGAUAUUGUGAUAAUAAAAAAAUUUGUGUUAUCGUUGAAAAUCGUGUGUAUAACCUUAAUGAAGAAUAUGAAAAGCGAUUUAUUGUUAUAAAGGUAUAAACUACAUUGUAUAUAAUUCAAUACUAAAAAAGGAUUAGCAAAAACUAAGAAAUAAUGUUGGAUACGUCGUUCAAUAGAAGUGGCUGGACAUUCAAACGUAUGCGAUUAAAAACAAAGUGGGCAGUUGAAAUCGCACGGCAAAAAGUAUUUGGCACCCGCCCUAUUCGACCCAUUAAAGUCAUAGAGCCAACUGAAGACAUAACAGGAGUUAGGGUUCUUCCUGUGAGAAAAGCUGCUGUAAAAGCGAAAGAGCGACUCAAGGAAAUGUGUAUGCAAGAUCAAGAUAAAUGCAAUGAAUCUAAUGAUGAUCCAACUCCGCUCAAGAGUAAAAAGUCAGGAAAAGGACCUGAAAAAUAUCAUUUGUCUAAAUUAGAUUCCAAGAAUUCUAAUGGGAGUAGUAAUAAUAUUGGAUGUAAACGAGGAAAUAAGAAUUUGAAGCAACGUCACAUUAAAGUUGGUAAAAAUAAGGCAAGAAAACUAACUAGAAAGGAAAAGGGACUGUUAAAACAUUUUAAGAUUAAACCAUGCAUUGUUUGUAUCCCGAUGCUUACAGAUAAACCUUUAACCGUGCAUAAGUCGGUAGAAAAUAUUUCGCCGCUAGAUUCCGUCCCAGCGCUAGAUCCGAUCCAGACAGAACACCCAUUUGGGGAACAAAUUUCUGAAAAUGUAAAUACUGAGCCGACAUGUGUUAAUAAAAGGAAGAGAAAGAAGCCAUUAAGAAUCAUAAAGAAGAUAGGAGAGAGCGGCUGGAAUCCAAUUGUUGUAAGUGACGAAGAUUCAGACAUUGAAAAUGUGGAACCAAAUUUAACACCAUUGACUGAACAUUUGUACUCUCCAUUACUUCUAAAUGAUGAUUCCGAUGAUGCUGAUGAUGACAAAGCUGAUGAUGAUGACGACGAUGAUGAUUUGAUAAGCAUUGCAGACGUUAAUGAUUUUACUAAUGACGACAAUGACCCUAAUGAUGCCGAUACGGAAGAGGAUGAAUUUGAUUUUAUAGACAAUAUUAAUGAUUCUUUUGACGAAAACAGUGACAUAUUCACAGACAUGGACGGUGACAGAGAUGAUAGUAUUAAUGGUGAUGAAAAUGAUAGUUAUAGUGAUGAUGAUGAGGAGGAGGAGGAGGAAGAAGAAGAAGUAGAAGAAGACGGAUACGCUUUUGACGAUGACGACGAAGCACUUACAUUUUCUAAAGCUCAAAGUCCUAAGACAUACAGCAGUAUUAGAGGCAAAACUCUGAUAGCACCAGCAACUUUUCAGCCAACAAAAUUCAAAGUUUCUCCUCCAAAAUUUACUUUGCCUCCAACAUUACGAGCCGGAGCCUUUUAAGAUUGUGUGCGGGACGUCCGUGACUGGGUUGAUAAGGUCGUUGACUUCAAACCACGUGUCCAUCAUCACUGUGGGUUCAAAUCUCGACAAGGACUUUGGAUUCUUUAAUGUGAGGAAGUUAUCCAGCUAGCUUACGGAACGUCGGUGUUCUAUACCCAGGUACCCGUUAGGGCCUGAAAAAGAGCACAGGCGGUUACCUGAGGUCUUCCCCCACCAGUAAAGCUGUAAAGUCGCCACAUGACUUAUACUGUGUUGGUACGAUUCUACUCAAUCAAUCAAUCAAUCAAUCAAUCAAUCAAACAAACAAUUUUAUAUGAACGCGGAUGCUACAAAAAUAAAAAAAGUCUAUUUAUUGACUUAAAAUGCUGAAUAACAAGAAGAUGGACGUUUAUUAAAUUAUUUAAAGACUGUCUAUUGUCAAUCUUGGAGAUGUGUUAAGAUAUAAAUGUGAUGUUAGCCUGGUCUGACCACACGAAUAUGCCGGCUGGCCUGGCUCUAUAUUGGUUGCAAAGGCUGUAUAACUUUUUCCAGCAAGGGAAGUUAGUGGGGGAAGAUUUACGUUGAAAUAUUUUCAUUUGGGGCAAGAUUAAGUGUUUGGGAGUAAGAUGGUGGUUUUACUUGGGGCAACAUGUUCGGGUUCUUACUUCUCUGGUUUAACGUAAAACAAUGCGGGUCAAUUUCUAAAUCAUGUUGAUUAAUAUGUCAUUCCAUUUUUAGAUAUAAAUGCUAUUUUUAAAUGCCAUCUUGCAUGAUUGUUUCCAUUGAACCAAAGUACAACUUCUAUUUUUAAGGUCAUUUUUUAUUAGA